ACGAUAUAUAAAUGAAGGACCAAAUAAUUGAAACUAUUCUUGUCUAGUUCUUUCUCUGUCUCUUGGGGUAUAAAGUUGGUGGACUUUAAGGGUAACGGUUGGUGGGUGUUCUAAAGCAAGUUCGAGCAAGAGGGGAUCGAUCGAAUCAUGGAGACCAUAGAACAGUCUAUUAUCCCGGGUUUGCCUGAUGACUUGGCUUUGAGAUGCAUAGCGAAGCUUUCUCACGGCUAUCACGGAACGCUCGAGUGUGUCUCCAAAGGUUGGAGAGAUUUAGUUCGCAGUGAGGAUUACUCGUGCUAUAAAGCUAGAAACGGAUGGUCGGGGAGCUGGUUGUUUGUUCUUACUCAAGGUCUUAAGAACCGAUGGGUUGCUUAUGACCCUGAUGCUGAUCGGUGGCAUCCAUUGCCUAGGAACAUAGCUGUUCAAGAUGGCUGGGACCAUCAUGGUUUUGAGUAUGUUUGUGUUUCGAGCUGUCUUCUUGUCAUCGGGGGUUGCUAUGUGUCGUCGUCGUCUCCUCGUGAGAAGACUGUUGUCACUGGAGACGUGGUGCGGUUUGAUCCGUUUAAGAAAGAGUGGAAAAGGGUUGCUAGUAUGAGAACCCCGAGGGCUCACUUUGCUUGUGCUGCUGUCUCUGGCAAGGUUUAUGUUGCUGGUGGUCGCAGUGCAUAUUCACGUUUAUCAAAUCUCGUCGAUAGUUCAUCUGCUGAGGUUUAUGAUCCUGUCGCUGAUAGGUGGGAGGAGUUACCAGCAGUGCCUAGACCACAAAUGAACUCCUCGGGGUUAGGGUUAUCGUACAAAGGGUCCUUUCAUGUGAUGAGUGAUCAGGUGGGAAUCGCAGAGCAAAUUUCUUCUGGAGUCUUCAAUCCACUAGAGAUGAGUUGGUCCACUGUGGUUGAUAACUGGCCUAGCCUCAUGAAUUAUACGGUUCAGGUGAUGAAAGAUGAUCGACCGUACACGAUUGUAGACUCGGGACUGGGAGGAAAUGUGAUCCAGACUAGGGAUACAUAUGAAGGAGAAUGGUAUAGUGUUGGCUCAGUUCCUUGUGUUGUUGUUCCUAAUCAUCCGGGAGAGUCGUCACCGGUGGUAGGAUUCGGGUUUGCAGCUCUAAGGGAUGAGCUUUGUGUUAUAGGAGGCCAUGUCCGUAUAAAAUUAGAUGCGGCGAGAUUUCAGAUUGUGAGAUCGUCUGUCAUGAUGGUAUGUAACCCUUUAGAUAGGCCCCUGAACUGGAGAGAGACCAAACCUAUGUGCAUUCCAGCCGGUGGGCUUAUUAUUGGUUGUGUAUCCUUGGAAGAAUCAUCUCCACCUUAACCGAGCGGGUCAUGGAGUGUCUUUGUGGUGUUUCCUUUGUUGAGCAAGAACUUGGUUCCAUUACUUGUCAAAGGAUAUAAGUUACCUGUGCGUGGAUGCUUUUGUUUAAAGGAAACUAGUUAUCAGUGAAGGCAACCUAUACCAAUAAUGCAUUUUAUGUUCUGGGUUAAAAAAGACAUAACAGUUUGAUUCUGAAGUGACUUUGAGUAUGUUAAUGAUUUGAGAUGAUCGCUGCAAGAUGGUUACAAGUGUUAUAUUCAAGCAAAUUACUGACAUCACUCACAUGCAGUGUAUUGAGAGGGGGUUUAGUAAGCUUCAUAUAUUUUGUUA